GGCCAGCGUCACUCAACGGUGCCUGGUGUUAACCGCAGCAGGAAGCAGCGUGGCAUCGCUCUCUUCUCCCGGACCGCACGGGCUCCGCGUCCGCCCCAGGCCCAGCUCACCCGCCACCUCGAGUCCGGCGCGACGAGCACCGCGCUGCGGCGCCUGCGCGCGCCUGCGCAGCCGCGAGAGCGUCCCCGCGCAUGUGCCUGGACGCGUCCAUUUCCCGGCCGCCCCGCCCCCGCCGAUGGUUCCGUCCGGGGGGCGGGGCCAGGCGCGGCGGGAAAAUCGGCGCGGAGCGCGGCACCGCUUCGGUCCUGCGCGGUACCAGGUCCCUGUUCGUGUCCCCGGUCCCGCCAUGGCACAGCCCCGACUCACCGACUUCUUCGCGCGCCGCCGCCCCGGGCUCCGCGCCGCGCCGCCGCGGGUCAAGCCGGUCUGGCGCACCCCAAGCCCCGCCAAGCCCGCGCCCGGCGCCCCGGCCCGCACCCCGGGCGGCAGCCGCAAGCGUGCCCGCCCGCCCGCCGAGCCCGCGCGCGACCACCCUGCGCCGCCCGCGCGCCGGAGGCUGCGGCUGCCGGCCGACACGGUCUCGGAUCCCGCUGACCCGGCUGACCCGACUGCCCCAGCUGCCCCCGCUGCUCCAGCUGCUCCCGCUGACCCGGCUGACCCGACUGCCCCAGCUGCCCCCGCUGACCUGGCUGACCCCACUGUCUCUGCUGCCCUCGCUGCCCCCGUUGAUCCGGCUGCCCCUGCUGACCCGGCUGCCCCCGCUGUCCCCGGCUCCCCAGAGCAGGCCCCUCUCUCAGCAGGUCUGCAGCCCUGCCUGGCCGCUCGGGAGAAGGCUUCCUCAAAAGUCACUUUUUCUGAGCUCAAGUCGUGCCUACAGCGGGCACGGGAGCUAGGGGCCCGGGCCCAGGAGCUGAGGGCAAGUGCCCAGAGGAAGGAUGCUGGGGAACCCAGCGUGCCCGAGGACCAGGGGCACCCAGCAGGGCCAUGUGGACAGAAGGCCCCUGCCUACCAGCGCUUCCAUGCCCUGGCCCAGCCAGGGCCCCCGAGCCUCGUGCUUCCUUACAAGUACCAAGUGCUGGCGGAGAUGUUCCGCAGCAUGGACACCAUCGUGGGCAUGCUCUACAACCGCUCCGAGACCGUGACCUUUGCCAAAGUCAAGCAGGGCGUCCAGGACAUGAUGCGCAAGCGCUUUGAGGAGCGCAAUGUUGGUCAGAUCAGAACUGUGUACCCUGCUUCCUACCGCUUCCGCCAGGAGCGCAAUGUCCCCACCUUCAAGGACGGCGUUAAGAGGUCUGAUUACCAGCUUACCAUCGAGCCGCUGCUGGACCAGGAGGCCGGCAACACGGCGCCCCAGCUCACGGCCUCACGCCUCCUGCAGCGCCGGCAGGUCUUCAGCCAGAAUCUGGUGGAGCGCGUCCGUGAGCACCACAGGGCCUUCCUGGCCUCCCUGAACCCUCCCAUGGUGGUGCCCGAGGACCAGCUCACACGCUGGCACCCACGCUUCAACGUGGACGAGGUGCCUGACAUCGAGCCGGCCGAGCUGCCCCAGCCGCCCACCACGGAGAAGCUGGCCACAGCCCAGGAGGUGCUGGCCCGUGCCUGCAGCCUCCUGUCGCCCAGGAUGGAAAAGGCCCUGAAUGACCUGGCUUUGCGUACGGCUCAGCCCAGCAGCCCUGGGUCCCCCAGCCCUGCCCUGCUGGCCGCCCCACCGGCCGCCCCGCCUGCGGCCCUGAGGGGGUUGUCCCAGGACCUGCUGGAGAGGAUCCGGUGCAAGGAGAAACGGAAGCAGCUGGCCCAGAUGACGCGGCGGCCAGAGCAGGAGAUGCGCCUGCAGAGGCUGGAGCGGCUGCCCGAGCUGGCCCGCGUGCUGCGCGGCGUCUUCGUGUCUGCGCGGAAGCCAGCGCUCACCAUGGAGGUGACCUGCAGCAGGAUGCUCGGCAGCUACCCUGCAGCCAUGAGCCCCGGGGAGAUGGAGCAGCACGUGCGGCUCCUCUCCGAGCUGCUGCCCAACUGGCUCAGCCUCCACCACAUCCGCACGGACACCUAUGUCAAGCUGGACAAGGCUGCUGACCUGGCAGAGGUCAUCACACGGCUGGCCCGCCUUGCCCGCGCGGAGGCGGUGCUGUGAGCGCCUCGCAGACAUGGGCUUCCGGUCCCUGGCCCGGCCCGCUGUGUCUGUUUUACUCCCUUUAGGAACACCAUGCACUUUUCCCCCUUCUGAACUCCCCACCAGGCUCUCUGGGCAGUAGGCCUCCCCUGGUGCGUCGUAUCGUCAUUAAACUGGUUUCUGUUGGGGACUUUGUCUUUGCUGUGUUUGGGGUGCAGGGAAGUGGGGCAGGAGGUUAGGCGGUUGGCAGAAUGCCCCCCUGGACGUCGAUGUGGGAAUCCUGGAUGGUCCAGUGGGCUUGGCGUCCCCGCUGGACCCUUGUAAGAGGGAGGCAGCCUGCAAGCCUGGAGAGUGGUAAGCCGCCGGCCCCGAGGCUCUAGAAGCUGGGAAAGCCAGGAGACGGUCUCCCUGGAGCCCCCAGAAGGAACCAGCCCCAGCAACACAGACCAGCACUUCCCGCAU